GCAGGCGAGCUGCCCCGAGCCUUUCUGGGUGAAGAACUCAAGGCGCGCGGGCGCAGCAGCUGCGAGCAUUGGGUGCUGCGGACAGGCGCUGGGACAGGGAUCUGCGGCUCGCAGCGCAUCCUCCCUCCUCUCCAGCUCUAUCCCGCACUCGCUGCAUCCUUUCCCCAGGCCGCCGCGCUUCCUAUGUGAUCCUCCCGGGCAACGCGGAGCCCAUUCUCACAGCUCAGCAGUGAAUUUUCCCCUCAAACUGCAGUAAGCCGCCUUUCAAGGACAAGAUGUUGAUAAAUAUGAACACCAUCUUAUGGAUAUGCUCAACCUUAUUUUUGACCCAUGCACUACAUAAGGCCCAAAUGGAAAAAAGCCCACCUGUUAAAGGCUCUCUGUCUGGAAAAGUGUUCCUACCUUGUCAUUUUUCGACCUUGCCUACCUUACCACCCAAUUACAACACGAGUGAAUUUCUCAGAAUCAAAUGGUCUAAAAUGGAAGUGGACAAAAAUGGAAAAGAUAUCAAGGAAACCACUGUCCUGGUGGCCCAAAAUGGGAAUAUCAAGAUUGGUCAGGACUACAAGGGACGAGUGUCAGUACCUACACAUCCCGACGAUGUAGGUGAUGCCUCGCUCACCAUGGUCAAACUUCGUGCCAGUGACGCAGGUGUCUACCGCUGUGAUGUCAUGUAUGGAAUUGAAGACACUCAGGAUUCCAUGUCACUGACUGUGGAUGGUGUUGUGUUUCACUAUAGGGCAGCAACCAGCAGAUACACUCUGAACUUUGCCAUGGCACAACAGGCUUGUUUGGAUAUCGGGGCCGUCAUAGCAACCCCAGAGCAGCUGUUUGCUGCGUAUGAAGAUGGAUUUGAACAGUGUGAUGCAGGAUGGCUGUCUGAUCAAACGGUCAGAUAUCCCAUUCGGGUUCCCCGAGAGGGCUGUUUCGGAGACAUGAUGGGGAAGGAAGGAGUCCGCACCUACGGAUUCCGCAAUCCCCAGGAAACCUAUGAUGUGUACUGUUACGUGGACCAUCUGGACGGCGAUGUGUUCCACAUCACUGCUCCCAGUAAGUUCACCUUCGAGGAGGCAGAAGCAGAGUGUGCAAACCGGGAUGCUAGGCUGGCAACUGUUGGAGAACUUCAAGCAGCUUGGAGGAACGGCUUUGACCAAUGUGAUUAUGGCUGGCUGUCGGACGCCAGCGUGCGGCACCCUGUGACUGUGGCCAGAGCCCAGUGUGGAGGUGGUCUACUUGGGGUGAGAACCCUGUAUCGUUUUGAGAACCAGACAUGCUUCCCUCCCCCUGAUAGCAGAUUUGAUGCCUACUGCUUUAAACCUAAACAGAAUAUAUCAGAGGCAACCACCAUCGAAAUGAAUAUCCUCGCAGAAACUGCAUCACCCAGUUUAUCCAAAGAACCACACAUGGUACCUGACAAAGCUACACCAGUCAUUCCAUUAGUCACCGAAUUACCUAUUUUUACCACACACUUCCCUCCUGCAGGAAAUAUAGUCAAUUCUGAACAGAAAUCUGUAGUCUAUUCUCAGGCUGUCCCAGACAGAUUAGCCACUGAAUCACCCACAGCUGUUGGGAAUACCAUCAACUCUUGGGAUGUGGAUGAUUACUUGCCUUCUGGGUCAGGACCACUUGGACAGCCAGACAUAUCUGAAAUUAAGGAGGAGGGACUCCAAAGUACAACUGUCAUCUCCCAACAUACUACUGGCUCACAGGAUGGAAUUACAGAGGAUACACAAACACAUGAAUCAGUUACACAGAUUGAACAAAUAGAAGUGGGCCCCUUAGUAACAUCCAUGGAAAUCACAAAUCACAUUUCUUUCAAGGAAUUGCCAGAAACCAGAACACCAUUUGAAUCCACGGAAGUGACCCUGGAGCACAAGACUGAAAUGCCAACAGUAAGCACCAGUCCUGACUUGGCAACCAUAAGUCACUAUGGAUUCACCUUGAGAGAAGAUGACAGAGAAGACAGAACACUGACAGUUAGAUCUGGUCAGAGCACCCCAGUCUUUAGCCAAAUACCUGAAGUCAUCACAGUAUCAAAAACAUCAGAAGACACUACCUACUCGCAGCUAGGGGACUUAGAGUCCAUUUCAAUAUCAACAAUAACCAUGCUUGGCACAGAUGGAUCACUGAUAGAUAAAAAGAAAGAACCCCAAACUAAUGGUAAGAUAACUGAAGAUGAGUUUGGUCAAUCACAGCCUACAACCCCCUUCCCAUCACAGCAUCUUACAGAAGUAGAAUUGCUUCCAUAUUCUGGUGACACAAUAUCAGUAGAGGGGAUAACCACAGCUAUUUAUCCAUCAUUACAAACAGAAGUGAUACAAGGAAGAGAGAGAACAGGAACGCCAAGACCAGAGUUGAAAAAAGAUCCUUAUAAAGUUGAUGAGAUGCUAGAAAAGACCACCAAAGAUCCAUUUAUAGGUACAACAGAAGAAGGUUUCUCUGGAAUGCCUGUCUCUACAUCUUCCUUAGAGUCUUCAGUGGAAAGGACCGAAUCUGUUUCCCCAGCAUUGACAAUUGAGAAGUUAACUGUAAAGCCGACAGCAGCAAGAGAUGUGGAAGAAAUGACAAUCCUGACUAGAUUAGAAACAGAUGUUACAAAGUCUGACAGAGAUGUUACAAGAGCUCAUUUGACCCACAGUACUUUAAAUGUGGAAGUGGUCACAGUAUCAAAAUGGCCAGGAGAUGAAGAUAAUUCAACUUCAAAGCCUCUGCCCUCAACAGAACAUGCAGGCUUUACAAAAUUGCCUUUGGUCUCACUUAGCACCAUAGGGACAAAUGGGAAGGAUAAAGAAACCCUAAGUUUCACAGAUGGAGGAGAUGAAUACACUCUUUCCCCAGAUGGUACUCCAAAACCAUUAGAAAAGAUUUCUGAGGAAGAUUUAACAUCUGGAGAGUUUACAGUUACAUUUCAGACAUCUACAUCCAUUGGCAGUGCAGAAAAGUCAACACUGGGAGAACCUGCAACCGGAGACAGGGUUCUGCCCACCACAAGCACAGAAGACCAGAUCAUCAAUGCAACAGUGGAAGGAAGUGCUUUGGGUGAAGAUACAGAUGCCUCCAAGCCACUGUUUACUUCCCCACCAUUUGUCCACACCUCUGAUGUGGAAGAAUUGGCAUUUGUUAAUUAUAGUAGCACGCAGGAGCCCACUACUUAUGUAGACGUAUCCCACACUAGUCCUCUUUCUAUAAUUCCUAAGACAGAAUGGAGUGUAUUGGAAACUUCUGUUCCACUGGAAGACGAGGUUCUAGGCAAAUCUGACCAAGAUAUCCUUGAACAAACUCAUCUAGAAGCAACCAUCUCUCCUGAAGCGUUGAGAACAACAGAAGUCUCACAGGGAGAAACACAGGAAGAACCGCAAACCCCAGGGAGCCCAUUUCAUGCUCUCAGUUCUACAGCAGUUAUGAGCAAGGAGACAACAGCUUUUGAAGAAGAGGGGGAGGGGUCAACAUAUACUGUCGCUGAAGACAGAUUGACAACAGGUUUUGAAAGAGUCCCAGGUUUAGAAACCACUCCAGUUGGUACGUCUUAUCCACCUGGUGCAAUAACCGAGCAGGAAGUGGAGAUGGAUACAAUGCUAACACUGGUAUCCACCAUUAGGCCAACAGUAGUUUUAAGUACAGAGCCAGAAGUAAUUUAUGAAGCAGAAGGUAGUAGUCUAAUGGAAUUUGCACCAACGUUGAGGCCCUUCGGGACUCAUGUCACACAGCUAAUGGAAGAAACUACCGAGGAAGGAAAAAAGACAUCCUUAGAUGAUACAGAUUUAGGCUCAGGGUUAUUUGAACCCAGAGCCACUGAGCUCCCAGAAUUUCCAACAGCUCCAAGUGAUAUCAGUGUCUUCACUGCUGUCGACAGCCUGCACAGAACGCCACCCUUGAGGCCAUCUUCACCAGUCACCAAGGAACCACGCAUCUUUGAGAAGGAGCCCAGUGAGAAAACAACAGGUGCCAUUAUACUUCCUAGUGAAUCUGUAACACAGCACCCUGUGACCACUCUCACUGAUAUGAUAGCCACGAAAACAGAAUCUGAUAUUGAUCAAGAGUAUCACAGGACCUCAAAACCUCCUGUAGCCCAGCCAACAAGACUAUCAGUUGUGGAAAGAAAAACAACUUACAAACCUCAAGAGUUGUCUACUUCACCACCCCCAGCAGGGACCAAAUUCCACCCUGACAUAAAUGUUUAUAUUAUUGAGGUCAGAGAAAACAAGACAGGUCGAUUGAGUGAUAUGAUUGUAAAUGGGCAUCCAAUAGAUUCAGAAUCUAAAGAAGAGGAACCUUGCAGUGAAGAAACAGAUCCACUGCAUGAUCUGUUUGCUGAAAUUUUGCCCGAGUUACCAGAUUCCUUUGAGAUAGACAUAUAUCACAGUGAGGAAGAUGAAGAUGGAGAGGAGGACUGUGUAAAUGGAACUGAUGUAACAACUACUCCAUCAGUGCAGUAUAUCACUGGGAAGCACCUCGUUACCACAGUGCCCAAGGACCCAGAAGCUGCAGAAGCUAGGCGUGGCCAGUAUGAAAGUGUUGCACCUUCUCAGAAUUUCUCAGAUAGUUCUGCAACUGACACUCAUCAGUUUAUUCUGGCAGAAACAGAAUUGUCAACGACCCUGCAAUUUAACACAUCUAAAGACACCACUGAAUUGUUAGACAUCACAUGGAAACCCGAAACUUACCCUGAAACACCAGAACAUUUUUCAAGUGGUGAGCCUGAUGUUUUCCCUACACUCUUAUCCCAUGAUGGUAAAACCACCCAAUGGUCAGAGUCCAUCACACCGAGCAGUCCACACCUUGAAAAUCCAGAGCACAAACAACCUAAGCCUAUACCUCUGUUUCCUGAAGAGUCUUCAGGAGAAGGUGCCGUUGACCAAGCAUCCCAGAAAACAAUCUUUUCUAGGGCUACAGAAGUAGCACUUGGUAAAGAGACAGACCAAAGUCCUACCAUAUCUACCUCUACCAUUCUUUCAAGUUCUGUGUCAGUAAAUGUCUUGGAGGAAGAACCAAUUACCCUAACAGGAAUCUCACAGACUGAUGAAUCCAUGUCUACUGUGGAAAGCCGGGUAGAGAUAACACCUAGUCAAACUGUAGAGUUCUCGGGGAGUUCUUCAGCUCCUAUUAUUGAAGGGUCUGGGGAAGUAGAAGAAUAUAAAAAUAAAAUCUUCAACGCAGUAACGGAUUUACCACAGAGAGAUCCUACAGAUAAGCUCAUCUCCUUGGAUAUGAACAAGAUAUUGGCCACAGAUCACCACAUCUAUGUUCCUGCAACCACCGCUCCUUUGGAUUCACAACUACCUUCUGCAGAUGCAAGGCCAACACAAUUUGGAAUUCAAACAGCCACCUUUGAGUGGGUUUCCCGUACAUCUUUUGAAGGGAGGAAAAGAGAAGAAGACAAAGAGGGAGCUACAAAUACAGCCCACAGAGGGGAAGUCCAACCAGCAACAGAGAGGUCAGACUACUUACUUUUAACGCCAGAAUUAGAAAGUUCAAAUGUAGGUGCAUCUAGUGAUUUGGCUACCUGGGAUAGUUUUAUGCCAGAGACAACCCCCACAGAGUCUGAAAAGGAAAUGGCAAAUUCAACUCGUGUUUUUAGAGAAACAAAUGAUGUAGCAAAUUUGGAGGCACAGCCCCUUGAGCAUAGUAGUAGCAGUCAUCCCAGGGUCCAGGAAGAGCUGACCACUCUCUCAGGAAAGCCCCCCUCUCUUUUUAUGGACCUGGGCUCAGGAGAUGCUAGUACUGAUAUGGAAUUCAUCACUGCUUCUUCAUUUACAUUAGAUUUAGAGUCUGAAACCAAAGUCAAAAAGGAAUUGCCCAGUACUCCACCUCCCAGUGUGGAGACGUCAUCCUCCUCUGAGCCAACAGGGUUAGCUCCAAGUAUUGUAUUAGACAUGGAAAUUGCUGGAGUUAUGAGCCAGACAUCCAAGAAGACACUGAUUUCUGAAAAAACAGGAAGUUUGCCAACUUCCCAGGCAGAAGUAAGGGAUUUGUAUACAGGUUUUCCUUUGGGAGAAGAUUUUAGUGGUGACUUCAGUGAAUAUUCAACAGUGUCUUAUCCAGGAGUGAAAGAGGAAAAAGUGGGGAUGGGAGGCUCUGAGAGCGAAGGAGCUAGAGAUACACAGACUUCAUCAUCUAUACCACCUACCUCAGACAACAUCAACCCAGUGCCUGACUCAAACGGACUUGGCAGUACUGUGGCCAGUACCACAGCCGUCCCCUGGGAAGAUUUCAUGACUUCGGCUGAGGGCUCAGGUGAGCAGCUAGCCUCAGUCCAGAGCUCUGUUGGUCCAGUGCUUCCAUUAGCUGUGGAUAUUUUUUCUGGUACAGAGUCUCCAUAUUUUGAUGAAGAGUUGGGAGGAGAGGCUGCAGUGACAGACACAGAUAAACGAUCCACUGCUUUACCAACAACAGUAAGUGGAAAUACUGUAGGUCUGACAGAAAAUGGGCACGUAAAGGUAAAUAGCAUGAUGUCAGUGGACUUUCCCCAGACAAUGGAGCCAGGCAAAUUGUGGUCUAAACCAGAAGUCAAUCCUGAAAAACAAGAGAUUCGAAGUGAAACAGUGACACAGGAAAAAGCUCAGGGACAAAAGACUUUUGAAUCACUCCAUGGUUCUCUUGCACCAGAACAAACAAUUUUGGAAACCCAAUCACGUAUUGAAACUGAAUCCCAAACUUCAGAUUACUCUAUGUUAAGUACAAUGAAAACAUACGAUACUAAUGAGGAAGUGGAGGAGGAAGGCAUGUCCAUAGCUCAUAUGUCUACUCUAGGUCUAGGGAUCACAGGCUUGGAAUCAUAUACCACCUAUCCUGAAGCUACUGGAAAGUCACACUCUUUCUUAACUACUGCAUUAGGGACUGAAUCUGGGCCAGCUAGAAGUGUAGUCAUGGAGUCCUCAACUCAAGAGGAAGAAAGUAUAAAGUUCUUCCAAAAGAGCACAAAACUAACAAGUAAAGAGUCAAAUACUGAUCUCUCAUUCUCUGGACUAGGAUCAGGAGAGGCUUUGCCUCCUCUACCUACAACAUCAGUGAGUUUGACUGACAUGGAGCAGAUCAUUAGCACAUUGUAUCCCGAGACAUCUCACAUGGAAAGCUUAGAAACAAGCAUCUUAGGUGAUAAAGUGGAAGACCAUGAAAGAAUGGAAGAUGCAUCAAAUGAAGUUAGAACGAUCAUUUCCAAAACAGGCAGCAUCUCUCAAGACAGUCCAGAGGCACCCACCACAACUUCGAGUGACACCAGAACAGAAGAACCUACAACUUCAACUCUUCCUUUCAUAAAGCUCACAGACAUGGAACAUUCUCCAAAUCAGACCCUCAAGUGGGAAGAGGAAAUCCAGACCCAUGGACCACAAACUAUGACUGGACAGAUCUCUAAUGACAAUUCUUCAGCAUUAGAAGCUAAAGCAGCAGCAACCUCCCCCACUACUUUUCUGCCUCAAACUUACAGUGUUGAAAUGAUCAAACCCGUUGCUACAUCAGCAUCACAACUAUCUGACUUAUUUAAUGUAAACUCUGGAGAAGGAUCUGGAGAAGUGGAUGCUCAUGACUUAGACUACACUUCUGGAACUACUCAGGCAAGUAUUCAAGGAGGCAGCAUGUUUGCUUCUCAUGGUUUCCUGGAAAAACAUUCAGAGUUGUCAAGGACCGAGCCUGGAGCUAUUGAUGGAUCUCCAACAGCUUCAGCGAUGUUCCUGCAUCACUUAAAGUACAACGAGAGUUCCCUGUAUCCAACUAGCACACUGCCAAGCACAGUGUCAUAUGAGAGUCCCUCAGAAGGUAUUGCAGAUGGUUUGCAAGACCAUAUCAGAUUUGAAAGUUCUACCUUGAAACCUAGCAGAAGAAAAACCACUGAAAGCAUUAUUAUAGAUCUAGACAAAGAGGAUAGUAAGGACUUAGGGUUGGCAAUUACUGAGAGUGCUAUUGUUGAAAUUCUUCCUGAGCUGACAUCAGAUAAAAAUAUUAUUAUAGACAUUGAUCACACUAAACCUGUAUAUGAGUACAUCCCUGGAAUACAAACAGACUUAGAUCCAGAGAUACCAUUGGGAUCACAUAGCAGUAAUGAAGAAAACCUUCAAGAUCAAGAGAAGUAUGAGGCAGCUGCUAACCUUUCUCCAACUGAGGAAGCAUUUGAGAGCUCUGGCGAUGCACUUCUUGCUGGCUACACUCAAGCAAUAUACAACGAGUCUGUGACUCCCAGUGAUGGAAAGCAGGCAGAGGGCAUAAGCUUUAGUUUUGCAACUGGAGUCCCAGUUUCUAGCACAGAGACAAAAUUAGAUGCUUUCUUUCCCACAGUGUCAACCCUUCACAUUCCUAGUAAACUAACCACAGCUAGUCCAGAGAUUGAUAAACCCAAAAUUGAAGCAAUAUCUCUCGAUGAUAUAUUUGAAUCAAGCACCUUGUCUGAUGGCCAAGCUAUUGCAGACCAGAGUGAAGUAAUAUCAACACUGGGACAUUUGGAAAAGAUGCAGGAAGAAUAUGAAGAGAAGAAAUAUGGAGGUCCUUCUUUUCAGCCAGAAUUCUUUUCAGGAGUGGGGGAAGUAUUGACAGAUCCCCCUGCUUAUGUAAGUAUUGGUAGUACAUACUUUGUAGCUCAGCCCUUAACAGAAUUCCCCAAUAUGGUAGGACGAUCUGACUCCACACAUUACACUAAAACAACACCUGCAGUUUCCUCUCUGGCUGAGCACUCUCAGACACCAUCUUCUCCUUCCCCUGUCUACAUAGACAGUGGAGUCUCUGAGUUCCCAGAGGUUCCCCACACAAGUGCUCAGCCAGCUCCUACUGCUGCCUCAUCACAAAAGUUGUUAGAGGGAUCUUUUAAGGAAGUCCGUGCUAAUAUUGAAGCAACUAUUAAGGGUGAAAAUGUCCACAGAACAGAGCCUCCAUCUAUGUCUCCUGACCCUACUUUAGACACUUCAGAAAAUGAAAGUAAGCCUAAGUUACUAGACGAACUGGAAACUUCUCCCACAAAAACUGAGACUUCCCAAGACUCCUCAAACAAAGCAAAUGAUCAGAUUCCAGGAGAAACAAUUGGAAUGCUUGCUGGUAUCGGAACAACAGAGAGUGAGCCUUUCAUUACCACUGAGGAUGACAUGGGGCUAGGAGGUGCCACACAGCGGCCACAUUCUGCUUCUGCUUCUGCAGCUUUCAGGGUUGAGACAGGUGUGGUACCUCAGCCCAUCCCACAGGAGCCUGAGAGGCCAACCUUUCCUUCCUUGGAAGUUAAUCAUCAAACACAAACAUCAUUAUUUGGAGAAUCUAUACUGGCAACAUCUGAAAAGCAAGUGUCACAAAGAAUUCUUGAUUACCAUAACCAGGCAACAGUCAGUCCUCUGGAUCUAAAUACUGCACAUUCAAUGCCACCAUUCCCCAUUCUGGACAAUUCUAAUGAAACUGCUUUCCUGAUUGGCAUUAGUGAAGAGUCCGUGGAAGGCACAGCAGUUUACCUACCAGGACCUGAUCUCUGCAAAACAAACCCAUGCCUCAAUGGAGGCACGUGCUACCCUACUGAGACUUCCUAUGUGUGCACCUGUGCGCCUGGAUACAGUGGAGACCAGUGUGAACUGGAUUUUGACGAAUGUCACUCUAACCCUUGUCGGAAUGGAGCCACGUGUGUGGAUGGAUUUAAUACAUUUAGAUGCCUCUGUCUUCCAAGUUAUGUUGGUGCACUCUGUGAACAAGACACUGAGACAUGUGACUAUGGCUGGCACAAAUUCCAAGGGCAGUGCUACAAAUACUUUGCUCAUCGUCGCACAUGGGACGCUGCUGAAAGGGAGUGUCGUCUGCAGGGUGCCCACCUCACAAGCAUUCUUUCUCACGAGGAACAGAUGUUUGUGAAUCGUGUGGGUCAUGAUUACCAGUGGAUUGGUCUCAAUGACAAGAUGUUUGAACACGACUUCCGCUGGACUGAUGGCAGCGCACUGCAAUAUGAGAACUGGAGACCCAACCAGCCUGACAGCUUCUUUUCUGCUGGAGAAGACUGCGUUGUGAUCAUUUGGCAUGAGAAUGGCCAGUGGAACGAUGUCCCCUGCAACUACCACCUCACCUACACCUGCAAGAAGGGAACAGUUGCUUGCGGCCAACCCCCUGUUGUAGAAAAUGCCAAGACCUUUGGAAAGAUGAAACCACGUUAUGAAAUCAACUCCUUGAUUAGAUAUCACUGCAAAGAUGGUUUCAUUCAACGUCACCUUCCAACUAUCCGGUGCCUAGGAAAUGGGAGAUGGGCUAUGCCUAAAAUAACCUGCAUGAACCCAUCUGCAUACCAAAGGACUUAUUCUAAGAAAUACUUAAAAAAUUCCUCAUCAGCAAAGGACAAUUCUGUAAAUACAUCAAAACACGAGCAUCGCUGGAGCCGGAGGUGGCAGGAAACGAGGCGCUGAUCCUUAAAAUGGCGAACAUGUGCUUCAUUCAUCAUUUCAGCCAAAGCCCUGCCUUUCCGUGCCUUUCCUAUCACCUCAAGAAGAAUUAGCAGUUGGUUUGGAUUUUGGGACUGCCGUCUGGUCAUUUGGGGUGGCUGUACUCUUAAAAUAUUUUCAAUGAAACAUGGAAUUUUGAAAAAGCGAAUAAAGUGAAAGAAAAUAAGUGAAGAAGAUAACCAUUUUCAGGCUAUCUAAUUUCUUUAGCUCUCUCUCUGCCUCCAGUGCAGACUGUUUCCUGUACACCAGCCUACUGUACUAUUUAAAAAGCGCAACAUCAGCACUGAUGGCCAUGUAAAUAAGAUGAUUUAAUGUUGAUUUUAAUCCUGUAUAUAAAAUAAAACAUCACACUCAGUUCAGGCAUAUUUAAUGAUGAUUACGGAGCUUUCAAGGUCUUUAAUCAUUAGUUUGGCUGCUUUGCUAUAGCUGGCUUAGGCUGGAAAUGGUUUUGUCUACCCUUUGACUGUCAGCAAGUUUGAGGAUGGCUUUUCUGGACAACCAGCAAACAGAAUCUUGCAGGUCUCUGCACGCCUGUCAGCCAGGGGAGCCACGCUGAUGAUGCCUGGCUGAUGAAACUCUCGGAGCUCCAGGGUGUAACUCCACUUGGCCAUAUUUCUUUUUCUUCACUUACACGAAGCGCCUGAAUGGAGGACUUUUCUAUGACCUGGAACAUUUUUUUAGGGGUCAAAUUGCUAAUUAUUAACUCAACCAGGUUUCCUUUACAAUGGCUUUCUUAACACUAAUGCUGGUAAGGUAACAGAUCAAGGUAUUUGGAAUGGAUAUAGACCAAGGGUUGUGGAGGGUGGGGGAGGGGGGUUUCUUAAAACAACAUUCGUGCAAAAACAAACCAUUUUGUACAUAUAACCAUUUUAAUCCUUUAUAAAAGUUUUGAAUGUUCAUGUAUGAAUGCUGCAGCUGCGAAGCACACAUAAAUAAAUGAAGUAAGCCAUACGGAUUUAAUUUAUUGGAUGUUAUUUUCCCCAAGAUCUGAAAUCAAUGCAGUAUGCUAGUAAUUAUUCAGUGUUAGCUUUUAUAUUUUCUUCAUAGUUUGAAACCUUAUAAUAUAGGUACUCCCUUCCUGUUUCAAUAAUGUGACGGAUAGAACUCUCCAAGUGUUUAUUACAGAGAAUGGAAACGUGUUUAGCUAUCCGUAAGUGGUGUUUUCCCAUUCCAAGUAAGCGUGUAGGUGUAGAAUAGUGUGGUCAUUGCUUACCGUUAGGUGGAGUGUAUGUGUUGAAGUUUUCACUUCACGCAUUUACCCCUUGUGUUUGAAUAGUGGUUGCUGAAGAUGACAUGGGAAUAAUUAUCUAGAUAUUUUAAGGCUCAAAGUUAAAACUGCUCAUGGAAAGAAGCCUAAGGCUCAUCCGUUCCCUUCAUUGACAAUGACCUACAGAAAAAUUACAAGGAAAAUGUGAACAGGAACCAGCUUUGAAAUGACUCAAUGAAAACAAGCAUUGAAGCAUCAUGUGGCAUCCCAUAAGUAUGGGCAGACUUUAUGUUUUAUACAUCAGGUCAAAGAAGAGUAGAGGAAGAGCAGACUGGGGUUGGUCCUAUGUUGAUUGUUUCUCACAAAACCUCCUUUGGCUUAGAGGGAAUGGCUGUGCUCACAAGCAUCCAUAGUGUCUUAGGCAAGGUCCUAGGUCUGGGCAGUAAGUGUAGUCCAUCCUAAUGUGUUCUAGAGCACAGAAAAUCACACCGUGUUGACUUACUAGGGCUUUUUUUCUUUUUCAUUACAAUGCACAUAAUACUUCCCUGUAUUUAUAUUAUAACAUGUAUAGUGUAAAAUGUGAAUGACUUUUUUUGUGAAUGAAAAUCUAAAAUCUUUGUAACUUUUUAUAUCUGCUUUUGUUUCACCAAAGAAACCUAAAAAUUCUUCUUUUAC